UGGAGGCUGCUGCGACCAACGACCAGGAUCAAGCGCAAACAAACAAGCUCUGAAGACACCAGGGACAAUACAGUCUCCUGCUCGGAUAGCCUGCUGAUCACAUUGCCACUCGACUGUUGUGCCUGAGGACUUUUGUCCCUGCCGAGCCGCCGUAGCGAUGGGAGAUAACAUGUCCAAACGGCUGAAGCUGAUCUCGGCUACAGAGGCAGAAAUGGAGGAGCGCUCUUUCCCAAACCCUUACCCCGACUGGGACCAAGGAGUCCUCACUUCCAACUCCGGAGCUGAUGUAGAUUACAAUGAACCAUUUGACGCCGAAGGAAAGGUGAGUGGAGCCUUCCAGAAGAAGGUCCAGAAUAAAAUCAAAGAUCUGCUCCUGCAGAUGGAGGAGGGCCUGAAGACAGCUGACCCCCAUGACUUCUCCACAUACACCGGCUGGACAGGCAUCGCCUUGCUGUACCUUCAGCUUUACCGUGUGUCUCAUGAGGCCUCCCACCUGCAGAGGGCGCUGGACUAUGUAAAGAGGGCCAUGAGGAUCCUGAAUGGACGUAAAGUGACCUUUCUGUGUGGUGACGCCGGACCACUGGCGGUGGGUGCGGUGGUCCACCAUAAGCUUAACAACUCUGCUGACAGCAACGACUGUCUGUCCAGGCUUCUCCAGCUGCAGCGGUCAGUUCUGAGUCCAGACUCUGAGAUGCCAGAUGAGCUGCUGUACGGCCGGGCCGGCUACCUCUACGCUCUACUCUACGUCAACAAAGAGAUUGGAGCUAACACGGUGGACGAGGAAACCAUUACAAAGGUGGUAACGGUCAUCGUGGAAUCGGGGAAGACCCUGUCAUCGGAGCAGAAGAAGACAGAUCGCUGCCCUCUGCUCUAUGAAUGGCACAAGAAGCAGUACAUUGGGGCUGCCCACGGUCUGGCUGGCAUCUAUUACAUGCUCAUGCAGCCUGCAGCAAAGGUUCAUCCAGACAUGCUGUCAGAACUUGUCCGUCCCUGCAUCGACUACGUCCGCCACAAGAAGUUUCGUUCAGGAAACUUUCCAUCAUCUCUGAGCAACGAGAGCGACCGUCUGGUUCACUGGUGUCACGGCGCUCCAGGUGUUAUCCACAUGCUCAUCAUGGCUCAUAAGGUGUUUAAAGAGGAGAAGUACUUAAAGGAUGCUGCAGAAUGUGCCGAGGUGAUCUGGCAACGAGGCCUGCUCAGAAAAGGCUACGGUAUCUGCCAUGGCACCGCUGGCAAUGGCUACGCCUUUCUGACCCUUUACAAGCUCACCCAGGAGAAGAAAUACCUGUACCGAGCAUGCAAGUUUGCUGAGUGGUGUUUGGACUAUGGUACACACGGCUGCCGCAUCCCAGACAGACCCUACUCUCUCUUUGAAGGUAUGGCAGGAGCCAUCCACUACCUAUCGGAGAUAGCACAGCCUGAAGCUUCCUGUUUCCCUGCGUUUGAACUUUGACCUGCCAGCUGAUGGGACUGAGGAUGAUGAAGGGCAAAGGAUGCAUUUGUGUUACAGCGUUCAACAUUGGUUAUCAGGAUCAGCCCAAAUAUGGACUGAACAGAGCAGUUUGAGUGCAAUUGUUGGAGUAAACCAGAUGUUUUUGUUUUUGAAGUUUUAAAUUAUAUACAAAAAGAUAAGGGGAGAUUAUUUUAGGACAAAAGACCGGCUGAAUGUUGUUACUCCAGUGGAAAAAUAAGUAGUAUUUGAAUUUAGAAAAGGCGAUGUUAAUGGAUGUUUUCCUCUGAGUACGGACAUUUCCGUUCUGUGGGGCGUAUCAGAGGAACACUCAAAUCUUGUCUCUCAAUUUUCCAGCUGGUUUGGACACAGAAGAACACGCCAAACGCCCUCAGCCUUUAUACGGUACCUCCAAGGCCAAGAAAGAGGGUGUGUACAUGUGUGGAUGUCUGUGAGUGUGUGUGCGUUUGUACAAAUGAACUAAAGCUGUUUUGGUAUUUCUAUGCCUCUGCAUGCUCACUAUAUUGGCUUUUGGUGCCUCAUAUCUUGUCAAUGUAGUGCUCUCCUCUUGUAUUUGUAGAUGUGCUGUUUCAGUUUUUCAGGUGUUUGUCACAUCAUGGGGAACCAUUCUCCAUUAUCUUCAUCACAUAAAGAGCAAAACCACCUUUAAAGUGUUGAUUUUAAGAUCACAGCACAUUUGUACAGCUAACUAGCAUAUCAGCUCGUAAAAUACACUAAAAUAUGGGUUCCUUUUUUCAUGUGUAACUAUAAAGUGUAACUGAAAAAUAGCUAUUUUGUUCUCUUGCUUUAAAGCUGAGUGUCAUAUUUUACAGCCUUGUGAGGCUCAAUGAGAGUGUUUGAUUGCCCUUUAAAACCAGUCUGCUCAGUAUUUGCUACAGCGAUUGUGCAUUAGUCUUUUGGCUUUUUUAAAUUUACAUUGUAAAGCUGAAGGAGUGUUGAAAUCAUUUAUUGGGGUAAUCGAGCGAUAGCAGCUUUGACAUCCUCGCUGGUAUUACGUCUGUAAUGGCAUGGAUAUUUGCAAGACCAUGGUCACCAGUUUAGACGUAUGAGUUUGGUUAAAUGCACACAACACACCUCGGAUGUCUCUAGUAACUCAACCUACUAGCCACUAAGGCUGGGCAAUUAAUCUGAAUUUAUAUCUCAGAUGCCUGGGCAUCUGAUCAGGAUGCGUCUUGGUCACCUCCCUGUGGAGGUCUACCAGACAAGUCCAACUGGAAGGAGACCCCUCGGGUAGACCCAGAACUCGCUGAAGGGAUUGUAUAUUUCAUCUGGCCUGGGAACGCCUUGGAAUUCUCCCAGGACGAUUUGGAAAAUGUUGCUGGGGAGAGAGAUGUCUAGGUUGACUUGCUUAGCCUCCUGCCACCGCGACCUGACCCCAGAAAAGCAGAAGAAAAUGGAUUUAUGGAUGGAUUAUAUUUCAGUCAGACCUGACAUGAUUUGUGGUUUUAAGUAAGUUUCUUAAAAAGCAGUUACUAAUUUGCACUCAUUGCAGAUAUUAAUAUUUGGUGUUGUAGCUGUUCUGGGACCCCCCCUGCCUUUCCACAUGGAAAACAUCAAGCAGGAAUAGCACACAUUCCAGCCUUUCCUUUGCUAUUUCUCUCCCUUUCCUGAGGCAGGGAGAGAAAUGGCAAAGAACCCAGAGCAGAGCUGGCUUCAAUGACAACAGAAUGACAUUGACAGGUCAGACGCAGAAUAAAGGAGGAGCUGGGGUGGAGGAGGGUUGUAAAAAGCAACUUGCAGAGGGAGCAGCAAAGCAAAGCCAGGCUAGAGCAGUUUAAAUAUGGCAGCAUGUAUGCGAUUAGCAAGUAUGGCUUAGAGCAAAUGAGAGCGUACAUCUCGCUGCUAAUAUUAGUUCCGCUCAGUUAAUCUAAUGACAAGCAAAUUAAUUUCUGUCAAAUUCUCCACAGAGAAUUUCCCCUUUGAAUAUGUUGCUGAAAUGCUUUUAUUAUGAAGCCCCAAUAUCAGGAAAAACUGUGUUUUUAAAAACAUCUUAACAGGAGAGAAACAAGAGGUCAAACCACACAAAUUCAGUCACAAGGUACAACAUAAUUAACACACAGUGACUAAUUGAAAAUUAGAGUAUGAACCUGUUUUCAUAUUUAUGAUCCAAUUCAAUUUUGAUCUUAAUACCCACUGAAAAAAAAAUUCUGUAGUAUAAAUUUCAAGUCACAUUGCCCACUUCUAGGGCUUGUGUUUAGCAAGAGCUUACAGUGCGGCCUUUGUUUGGUGACUACAUCCCUGACAAGAUAUGUAAAUGCCAAAACAGACACUAGGCGUGCACUUACAACAGGUCCAAUCGGCCUGUCCAAGCAAGAUGGUCACCCCAGUUCCCAGUCCUUGCCUAAUGUGAAUGAGGAUAACAUCAUGCAUUCUUAGCAAAAAACACUUGAUUUAGUUGUCCAUCAUUGUUUUAGGUAAAAAAAAAACCUAAAGUAAAUGUUUUUAAACAAAAAAGCCUAUUUUAAUAAAUGUUUCUGUGUCAGUUAGUUUUGUGAUUUACAGAACAGCAACUACAUUGGUCUUCCUCUAUAAAACCAAACUUAGGGUGAGUUUUACAGCUUAUUUUCCCCUUGGCUAAAGAAGACAUAUUUUGUCCCCACCAUGUGACAAGUCUAAUAAUUUGGAUUAAGUGUAUUGUGCUGAAAAAGAUUAAAACUGGUUCUAAUUUGAUGAAGAACAACCACCUCUGCAUUAGUGACAUUUCUGCUGACGCCAGGUUGACCUAGCUUGUUAGCUCUCUUCUGGCAGCAUGCAUUGGCUUUCAGUUCAAUAUCAAAACAAUUUUAAAACGUUUGAGAUUCCCACACAUACAUUUGGGAAGUGUUUUAUAUAAUGUGUCACAUGAGGAUUUUCUUAAUUCAGAGUUUUUUUUGGGAAAAGGUCUGGAUUCUGUCCCUUUUUUUUUGGCACUUGCCUUAAAUUUUCCCUAAACAGAUGCAAACCAUGAUUGCUCUCGUCUUGUACCUCAUUUGGUCUUCACAAUUUACCCUCAAUAAACUACUUCUCUGAACAGCUGUGAAAUCAGACGUAGGCCCUAUCUUGUGUGUUCAUGAGUUGAUCAGAAAUGGAAAAAUGGAGAUGCUGAAGGAUAUUAGGGGUCCUUAUGACAUUGCAUCAUCAUAGAUUUACAAUAGGUUUUGUGCAUUUGUAUACUAAGUGGCUGCACCUCAGUCAGUGCAUCCAUGCCCUGUAUUAGUUAUUAUUAUUUCUUCAGUAACGGCCUGAUAUCAGAACUCGCUUCUCUUUCUUAGUCAAACAACAGCCCAUAAAUCAUUUCAUUGUUCUUUUACUGUGGCUUGGGGUCCUUACAUGUGGUGUGCAUUGAUGCCUUUUGCAUUUACAAAUGAAUGGAGGUGAAUUAGGCAGGUGAAUUAACUUACAAGAGAGACGUAAGCUGAUUCUAAGAGCUGGCCCCCGUUUGAGAGAUGUUUUCACAUUUUCAAACCUUAGAAAAGGCGAAAGGGUGCAAAGUUAAGUGCCAUUUGAAAACUGAAAGACUGGCCAUUGUUACUGAGCUGAGCUAAGUGACAGAGAUCUCUGAAAAGAGGUGGACUAUCCAUCACUCCAAGUGAGGCUGAACAGACAAAUGCAGCCUUGCUUUUUGUUUAUUGGCAAUUUCAGCAGAUUCUGUCCAUUGAUAGGUCAUUGUUUAUUGCCACAGCUACACAAGGGGGUUCCCAAACUUUUCAGCCCUUGACCCCCAAAAUAGAGGAACCAGGGACCCCAACUUUACCUGGAGGUUGUUGAAUCAUAGUUAAACACAGCUGUGCACAUUCAAGAAUAGUCAUUUACAGACUUAUAAGGGUUUUUAAACAUUACUGUGAUUUCAGCAUAAAUCUCAUGCAAUGAUCUUAUUUUAAUUUAGAUUUAACUAAUUUUAUGUUUAUAUUUUUAUAAAAAUUGGUAAAAUAUCCCAUUUGAAACCACUUGGAAAUAUUCUUUCUUUUGUGAAAGGCAUCUGGCAACCCCCUCUUCGUGUCUUGUGACCCCCUGGGUGGUCCAAACUCAUGUUGAGAACCACUAACUAAUCCAGUCCAAAUGAUAGCAUCCCAGACCACCUCCUUUUGUAGUCUGAGCAAAGUAUUAUCACUUGGUAUCUAGAUGCCCAGGAUAGAUAUAAAUUCCUGUUAAAGGCGACAUAUUUUUCAAAAUACACUUUUUCAGGCGUUUGUAAGAAAAAUAUGCCCCUGACAUGACCACAGUCCCAAGAAUCAGACCCCCCCCCCCAAACACGAAAACUAAACACAGUGCUCAACUGUAGAAAUGUCAGCAUAUUUGGGAACAUCUGUGAUCACAUCAUUAGGUUUUAACAAUCCUGCCUUAAUAAACAGACUGUUGGUGUGCUCACUGUAAUCUGCUUUGUGAAUAAUUCUUACUGCUCUUUUCUGUAAUAAAAAUAAUGGUUUUGUCUUGCUUAUGUAAGCAUUUCCCCAGAUUUCCACACAAUAACAAAGAUAUGGCAGAAUAAGCGAGCAAUACAGCAUUCUCAUUACCUUACAGUUUAACAGAAAAUUUGUUUUGUUUAGAAUAAAAAUAUUCUUAGACACCUUUGAUUUUACGUGAGCGUUAUGAGAUUCCCAUGUCAGUUUGUCAUCAAUAAUCACACCCAGAAAAUGAAAUAGAUAUUUUCAUCUUUUCUUUUAUUUGUAAAAUCUAUAAACUUUGUUCUAUUUAGAUUAAAAGACAACUUGUUUUCAUCAAACCAUUUUUUUCAGUUUCUUCAAUUCAUUUUCUACUCUUAUUGACAAAGUUUGUAAAUCUUCUCCGAAACUUUCAUCUGCAAACAACACUGACUGCAGUGACUUUGAAACUUCUCAUAAAUCAUUUAUAUACAAAUUAAAAAGUUAAGGUCCCAAUACUGAACCUUGUGGAACUCCACAUUCUAUAUUGAGACACUCAGAAUUAAAACCAGAAAAUUAAACACGUUGUCUUUUAUCUAAAUAUCCACUUAACCAGUUCAAAACAACACCCCUUAACCCACUUGUCUGUAAUUUGAAAUUAAAAUAUUAUGAUCGAUGAUGUCAAACGCUUUCUUUGAAUCAAUAAAUACACCAAUAGUAUA